UAUCAUCAUUGUUUAUUAUUAUUAUUAUCCAAUUGAAAUUCAUUAAUGAAAGAUUAUUAUUUAUAAUCAUUUGAGGAAAACUACUUCGUUAAUUAUCUUUCUUUCACUUUCAAUUUUGUUGAUAAAUCCAAUUUGUACAGUGUUUACUUCAAGUUAACAUAAACAAUCACUAAUAACAAUAAUAAAAUGGUAUUAAGAAAAAAGAAAACAACACCAACACCUGCUACUUCACCUGCUUCGGCAACAAAAUCACCGACAUCAAUAGACACAACACCAACAUUGGUAGAUAUGAAUCAAUCACAAAUAAAAUAUUCCAGUUUUAAAGUUUUUAUUGAAUAUUGCGUAGAAAUUGAUGCUAAUCAAACAUUUACUUCACAACAUUUAGAUGCACCUGUAUCAGUUAAACAUGGAAUAGUGAAAUUUGUCAAUAUAGACAGAAGUUUAUUAUUAAUGUUAACAACGAAAGAAAUGUUCUUAGAUAAACCAUUAUGGUGGCCUGGUACAUCAGAAUUAUGUAUUAAUUAUGAACAAUUACAUGAUAUAAUUGAGUCAAGAUCAGAUGAGAGAAAAUUUGCUUUGGAUAUUAAGUCAUCGAAUCCUGGUAAACGUUUAAUUCAUGUAUUUUCAGCUGUCAAUAGGAAAGAGAGAAAUGAAUUGUUAGCAGCGAUAAGUAAGAAUGCUCAACAAUAUCAACAAAUAAUGACUCAACAAAGAGCUAUUCAACAACAACAAGCUACAUAUUAUUUAAGUCAAGCUAGUGCACAAAAAUCAUCAACAUCAUAUGUAGAUCAAACUUUAAACUCAAAAGAAGUAAAUGUUACUCCUGUUGUUACAACACCACAAAAAAAGAGGUUAUCUGGUAGAUUUUCUAGAAAGACUGCCAUCAAAUCACCUCUGAAACCACUUUCGUUUGAAGAUUUUCCUCAUUCUGCUAAUAGUAGUUCACCAAGAGUAUUCAAUUUUAAUGAUGCUGACUGUGAGGCCUUUGGAUAUUCACCAACUAUUUAUCCGGCUAGUCAUCAAAACGACUCUUCAAAUAUGAAGUUUAGGAACAGGUCUUUAAGUCCAACUCCAUUGCAGUGUACAACACCAGAAGUUUAUCGUUCUAAACCAAAUUUUGCAUCUCGUUAUUCGGGACAUGAAGAUAAAGGAAGUCAAUUCGAUGGGCCUUUGUCAUAUACAAGACCGCUUUCCAAAUCUCAACCACAACUAGCCUAUUCAUAUGAUAAUAGAUAUUAUCAACGUGAUGAAUACACUCCAAGAUAUGAAAGUCAAAAUAACUACAGAUCUCCUGGUUAUGCUUCACAUUCACCGAUUGUCCCUAAAUAUGCAAAUUCAGCCUCAGCAGGAACACCUCAUACACCGAAUCGUAUUGUCCACUACAAUGAUGAUGAUGAAAAUGGUUAUGCUUACGACGGUGCUAAUUCAAAAAGUUUCAAAGUGGAUGGAGAUGAUUUAGUUUUAAAAAUCAAUUGUUAUAAUCCAGAGAAUCGUUCUAAAUCUCCAAGAACCACACAUUUAGUUCGUAUCAGUCAUGAAGAUAAUAGGGAAAAUAAUAACAGAAAGUAUUAA